UGAUCGGACGGGGUGUUUGCCCAAUCAGGUUGAAGUCAAUGGCACAUGCCCAGCCAGCCCUCUCUGACCUUCAGCCAGGCUGCAAAUACAGUGAUCAGAGUGCACCUCACCCCAGAUCUGUGCUACAUGACUGGUUGCUGCUGCUGCUGCCAAGUUCUUUGGUUGGUUGGCUGGCUGGCUGGUUGGUAAUAUUUCACGGCUUCAGUUGUCUGCUAGGAUCUCACACUAUGGGCAUUGUCAGGGGGCUUGUCUUCAUCUUGUUCAUUUAUCACAUAAGUGACGCAAAGAGGCUUUUGGUGAACAAAACUGACACAAAAGACAAAUCUCAACCAAUUCCGAAACAAAAAGUUCAUUAUGUCCCAAAAUCCAACUUCCGCUUGUACACCAGCGGGGAUGCCAUGGAUGAUACCUGUACGAUCCUGCCCUUCGACUCAGGGACCCUGGACCGGUGCAGCUUCAACAGCACUGCCCCCCUGAUCAUCAUCGUUCACGGAUGGUCGGUGGAUGGGAUGCUGGAGAGCUGGGUGACGAAGCUGGCAGCGGCCCUGAAGUCAAAGCUGAGGUACAGCAACGUGGUCAUCGCUGAUUGGCUCUCCCUCGCUCAUCAGCACUAUGCAAUAGCAGUGCAGAACACACGGCUGGUCGGCCAGGAGAUCGCAGACUUGUUGGAAUGGCUGGAGGAGUCCCACCAGUUUUCUACAGAGAAUGUUCAUUUGAUCGGGUACAGUCUUGGCGCGCAUGUCUCAGGAUUUGCUGGUAGUUAUGUCAGCGGCUCCAAGAACAUUGGAAGAAUUACAGGCCUGGACCCUGCAGGUCCACUAUUCGAAGGAAUGUCUUACACUGACCGGCUGUCUCCUGAUGAUGCCAACUUUGUUGAUGCCAUUCACACCUUCACGCAGCAGCACAUGGGUCUGAGUGUGGGGAUCAAGCAGCCGGUCGCCCAUUAUGACUUCUACCCGAACGGAGGCACCUUCCAACCUGGCUGUCACAUCAAGAAUUUGUAUGAUCACCUGUCUCAAUAUGGACUGUCAGGUUUUCAACAGAAUGUGAAAUGUGCACACGAGAGAUCUGUGCACCUCUUUAUUGACUCUCUGUUGAACGAUGACAAGCAGAGCGUGGCCUACUGGUGCAAUGACAACAACUCCUUUGACAAGGGCAUCUGCCUGGACUGCCGCAAGAACCGCUGCAACACGCUGGGCUACAACAUCAAGAAGGUCCGAACCGGAACCAGCAAAAGACUGUAUCUAAAGACACGCUCCCACAUGCCUUACAAAGUCUAUCACUACCAGUUCAAGAUCCAAUUCAUCAACCAAAUUGCACAGCUGGAACCCAUGCUUACUAUAUCUCUGAUGGGUACAAAAGAAGAUGUUCAAAACUUGCCAAUCACUCUAGUUGAGGAAAUAACUGGCAACAAAACCUACACUUUCCUAAUCACCCUGGACACAGACAUCGGCGACCUGAUGGUUCUCAAGUUUAAAUGGGAAGGCUCUGCAGUUUGGGCCAACAUCUGGAACAAGGUCCAGACUAUCAUGCCUUGGAGAAAAGGAAGGAAGGGCCCAGAGCUCACUGUGGGGAGAAUCCGGGUCAAGGCUGGAGAGACACAGAAAAAAACCUCAUUCUGCUCUCAGAGCGACGACAGCACGCACAUACUGCCGGCUCAAGAGAAAACCUUUGUGAGAUGCGAGAGAAACAGCAACAAGGGGAAGAAGAAAAUCACACUCGCAUGAUGAAACCGACUGGUCUGUUACACUUGGUGACUGGGAAAUAUUACAAUUAAAACUUUUAUGGAACUCCUUUUAUUAUUAUUAUUAUUAUAAUAAAGGUUACUGAUACUU